ACCACGAACCAGCCAGCCAGCCAGCGCAAGUGGGCAGAAAAUAAAAAGCCAAAGAUUUGGUGGGAGGAGGCCAGCGUCCCAAUGGCGCAUCCGGCUCCGGCGACGACCCCUCGCGCGGCGGCGAGCCGCCCGAUCUCGGCCCGCGCCGUCGCCGGAGGGACGCCGCGGGAGCUGCCGUUCGCGCUGCUGGCGGAGCGCGGGAUGGUGGUCGGGGGCCACCGCGGGAUGGGGAUGAACGCGGUGGGGGCGCCGCCCGGGGCGCGGGUCGCCGCGGUCAGGGAGCGGGAGAACACGCUGCUCUCCUUCGCCCGCGCUGCCGACCACGCCGCCGUCGCCUUCGUCGAGUUCGACGUCCAGGUUACAAAAGAUGACUGCCCAGUUAUCUUCCACGAUGACUUUAUCCUCACCCAAAGAACUGAGGCUUUAUAUGAAAGGCGUGUUACUGAUCUUCUACUGGAAGAGUUCCUUUCAUAUGGGGUACAAAGAGAAUCCCACAAGGUCUCCAAGCCCUUACUUAGACGGAUGGAAGAUGGGAGAAUACUUACUUGGAGCAUAGAAGAAGAUGAUUCUCUCUGCACAUUGCAGGAAGUCUUCGAACAUAUCAGUCCCCAUCUGGGAUUUAACAUCGAGCUAAAGUUUGAUGACAACAUUAUCUAUCCGAGUGGCACGCUUAGCUGUGCUCUUCAAGCUGUAUUGCAAGUUGUUUUUCAGCAUGCUGGCACCAGGCCAAUCUUUUUCUCAACAUUCCAACCUGAUGCGGCACGGAUAGCACGGGAACUCCAAAGCGUAUAUCCUGUACUGUUCUUAACAGAAGGGGGAACAGCUAAAUACAAUGAUGAGAGAAGGAACUCCGUUGACCAGGCUAUCCGAGUAUGCCAAGAGUAUGACUUGCAUGGGGUCGUCUCAGAAGUGAGAGGGGUUCUGAAGAAUCCCUCAGCAAUUCUCAAAGCUCAAGAAUCAAACCUUGCAUUUCUCACCUAUGGGCAGCUCAAUAACGUGCGGGAGGCUGUUUACCUCCAGCAUCUGAUGGGUGUGAAUGGUGUCAUUGUUGAUCUAGUGGAGGAAAUCUCGAAUGUCGUGGCAGAAUUCAGUAAACCCAGCCUCAGCCAGAGCACGUUCAGUAACAGUUCUGGCAUAGAAAUGCACGAGGCCUUCUCACAGCAGCAGCUGGGGUUCUUGCUCCGGCUUAUACCUGAACUGAUUCAGCAACCACACUGAAGGAUGAAUAUAACACUAGUCUAGAAGGUGACGGGGGAGGAAGGAGGAGGGGGUUUCCCUCAAGACAAAGACACCAGCCUAAUCUGUCUUACCAAUCUUGCCUGGAUUCUUGAUGCUGUCUUGGCUUCUUUCAGCUAUCAGUAAUUUACUACUAGUCAUAUGCUAUUGUGUGCCCCAUGCAGAUUGAUUAUAGAUUGGGUAAGAGUGGAGGAGUUGCUUCGUUGACAAGGUCACCAGACAGAUUAGUCAGAGGCAUGCACCCCCACUCCAAAGGCAUUGACAGUGGGCUACACUGCGUGUGGGGUGCCUAAGAAAGCAACCUGAAAAGGAAUUUGUAUGGGUGUGGUGCAUCAUGCUUUGGAAAAAAAAUUGUACACCUUGUAGGCUUUAGCUUUCAUUCGCGGGGUGUUCGAUUCAGAUGUUCACAUUGCUAUUGCCUAUACCCUCGUACUCCUUACGCACGGCUGAUUGGUGUCAUAUCUCGUUUUGUGAAAAAAGUUAUGACACGACGCAUGAUAACGACACCGGAGUAUUUGUUA